GAGGACGAGAAGGAGGAGGAGGAAGAAGAAGAGGAGGAAGGAGGAGCAGUUUCUUCCCCGAUGGACAAUUUCCUGAGGCUCUUUCUUCCCCAGCUGCGCUUAAUUGUCUGUCACCUUUGGCUCACGCGAUGGAGUGACGACGCGCUCGAGGCAAGCCACACUUUUUAUUUUUUGUUAUUUUGGUUACACCGGGGAUGCCCGACACACUCCCACCCAAAGUACUCUUCUUUAGAUUGAUUUUGUUUUUCUUUUAAAACUGCGACCUUUCGAUCCCUCCGCGACGUGAGCUCAUCCUGCGCAGCUUCUGUGAUCUCCGACAGUCAUGAUCCAGAGGAACGAGGUGGUUCUGUCCGUCCUGAGGGAGCUCCAGGAGGCCACCGAGAGCUCGGGGCUGGACGCGCUGGUCCUGAAAGCCCUGGAGGUGGACCGGCUCCUGGCUCCCAUCCCGCUGCCGCGCCUGCCCUGCCGGAGCUUCCCCGAGUGGGCCGGCGUGGACGACGUGGCCCGGGGCCUGUACCCGCGGGACGCCCCCGCCGACCUGGUGCCGCUGCGCUGCGAAGGAAAGGGCAACCUGCUGUUCGACGCCGCCAGCAUGCUGCUGGUGGGCAACAGUGGGCUGAGCUUGGAGUUGCAGGUGAGGACGGUCGUGGAAAUGGUCCUGUGGAAGCGGUACUACCUGUCCGGGAUGAUCGACUCCAAGAUGAUGCUCCAGGCGGUCCGCUUCAGCCUCUCGGCCGAGGAGUGCGAGGCCACGCUGAACCUGUCGGCGAGCGUCCUGGAGGCCAUCUUCGACGCCGACGUCAAAGCCUCGUGCUUCCCGGACUCGUACGCCAACAUGUGGCACGUGUACGCGCUGGCGUCUGUGCUUCAGCUCAACAUCUACUCCGUCUACCCCAUGUUCAACCACAAGAUCCGGUCCUAUUUCAACCGAGUCAUCCGGCCCAGGACUUGCCCCAAAGAGCACGAGCCUCAAACCUUUCACAUCAUGUGGUCCGGCGAGCUGCAAUCGGAGACUUUGUUCCGACCCGAUCACUUCGUGGCGCUGGUCCACGUGAGCGACUUUGCGUCGAAGAGCGAGGAGCCCGUGAAACAAGACUCCAAGUUCUCCUAUCCAAGUCUGAAGGACAAGUACAACAUCACAAAGAGGACCUUCUACCGCUGGAAGAGGCAGUCUCAGGAGCACUGCAAGAAGUCCACAGCCCGCUACGAGGCCAAGUACUUCCUGCAGGCGUGCUACCUGGAAGGGAAGCUCAUUCCGCUGCACCAGUUCAAAGAGUUCUUCCCAGAAAUCUCCCGGUCCUCCUACUACAACUGGAAGCAGGAGCUCCUCAAGUCGGGCGGAACCUUCUCCACGUCGUCGUCCACGGGCGAGAUCAGCCCCGGCGAGAGCACGGAGCAGGAAGCCUGGUCCUCCCCUGAACUCAGACAGGACGAGUCGGACCAGCAAGACAGCGUGGCCGGCAUGUUCGGCCUCAGCUUGGGGCCUCUGGAUCUGGAGCGGGCCCAGAGCGUGGCCCACAUGCAGCAAGCCAAACGGUGUUUGCAGAACUGCAUCGCUACCAACGCCUCGUUCCCCUUCAGGCUUUUCAAGCGCAACUUCCCCGGCAUCUCCAGGUCUACGUACUACAACUGGAGGAGGGAGGCCCUGCUGUUCAACGGAGGCUACAAAGCCAGCAGCUCCGACAGCUCGGACGCCGACAAGAGCCAAAGUCCCAAAAGCAUCUCUCCGGUGUUGCACAACAUCGGGGAAACGGCUUCACGGACCAAGAUCUGGAGGCGGAAGCACAGAAGUUUCCAGCUGGCGUACAUGAGUAAGAAACAGCUCAGAGAUGUCGCCAAGCUGCUGGUCCGGAAGUCCAAAUUGUCCUUGAGCAAGUUCAAGUUCAGGUUCCCAACUUUGUCCCUCUGCUUCUUCUGGCUGUGGCGUAACGGUAACAAAAAGAGGAUGGCGUCGGAGGUCAACGCGUGGGACAUCGAGGAAAGGCCGACAGCCUUAGUCAAUUUCCGAGGUAGCCGCAAGGCGGCAGAGGUCCCCCCGCACGUCGGCGGAUCCGGCGCGCCCCACCCCGCCCGCGGCCCGGCGGGCUCCUCGCCGGACAAGCAGAGGGUGGUCGUGGACGUCGUGGCUCUAGCCAACUUCAAAGCCAAGGCCAAGCUGUUUCUGCAGCGGCGCUUCGAGGAGAAGUCCUUCCCCACGUUCAAGGAGUUCCGCUCCUACUUCCCCUUCACCCCGCGCUCCACCUACUACAUGUGGAAGCGGGCUCUGCACCACGGGGUGUCGCUGGUGCACGGCUGAAGCCCGCCACGUUCCCCGCGGUCGGAACAUUUGCACGGGCGUGCCGGAGACCCGCGGGCAAAAGGCAGUUCAAAGCCCGGACUCCCUGCUAGGCACCGUACCGGGCACCCUUUACUUUUAUCGUUGCAUAUCAUUUGGAUUGUUUGUAUGAGCCAGGGUUUUUCCUUCUUUUUUUUAAUUUUUUUUUUUUUUUUAUUUUUUUAGAUACUAUUGGGGCUUGUACCAAAGACCAACACACUGUGAAUGUACCAUUUUUACCGAAACGCACCUUUGUGGUUAUUCCAAAGACGCCUGAAUGUUUCAAGACUACCUAUUUUUUUUCUCUACAUCCAGUGUUACAUAUUUGUCCUCACCUUGUAUAAAAAUAAAAAAAAAAAGUGCCUCAGAACUUGUUUGUAUUUAUUUCCAGUCAGAGGUCGAAGGCAAACUCCGCUGUAAGCUGGGAAAAUAUGUGCCAACAUCAACAAUUUGGCUUCAGUUUAGAGUGGAAUUUGUUUUAUUUAUUUUUUUUUAAAUCCUGCAAAACUGGACCCGAAGGCCACCAU